CAUUUCCGGACCCUUCCGGCACCAGCUUUCUGCACGAGCCUUGCCAAUGUCUCGAUGAACAAUGGUCACGAGAACGUCGUAUAGAGUCGAGUCCUCUUUCCUGCGCCUCGAGACCGAAGGCUUCUCUCUCUCUCUGCCCAUCUAACGCCCGCCCCUUGAAGAUGCAGGCCGUUCCCAGCCUUGUUGGAGCCGGCAGUGCGAUUGCUGCGGCGGCAACGGGUUUGGCCUUCGGCCAGUUGGCCGAAGAACAACCACCUCCGCGCCCAGACUCGAGGAAGAGGAAAUCGAUAGCAGACAAAGAUUUUCUUAAUGUAUUCAUACCGUCGCGGCCGGCAACCACGAACUCUGCCCUCCCUACGCCCGCGCUUCUAAGCAACGACCCAGCCCAGCAUCCGGAUCACCUGCUUCCCUCGGCCAAUGCGACAGGCGAACCACGAGUCCUUCGGCGGCUGUCUCAUACCCAAAUCACGUCGACGAAAUCCCCUCUUGCGCGCUACCCGUCCAUAAGGCAGGCCGAUUUUGCACCCGCUUCCCCGAUCGCCGAAGACUCGGGGGAUUCCGUUUCCUCGAACGGAUCGUGGAUACGGAGGUUUUCGAUACGCCCACGAUCCCAGCACGAAAGCCCGAGAUCGAGUGUGGGCCCCGACUCGCCUUCGAUCACCUUCUCGCACGGCUCCGCGGCACCGAUCCUAUCACCGUCGGGGCAGACGCCUGCCCAAUUACCUCCGAACAAGCUGGUCAAGCGUGCAUCGGCCGUCAAUGGGACGAACAAUACCUCUCUAGUACGGCGAGGACCCAGGCCGCAGAUGACCCUGCGAAGGCCAGCUACAAGUCAUCAGAGAUCGGCUACGUUGCAUCAACAAAUCAACACCGAAGUGCUGUCAUCCUCCUUAGACGAGGAAAAUCGUGCCGGGGGUCAUACACUCGGUAGCACGGCCGAGUCCUUCUUAAGUGCUGCUGCCAACGGGUUGACAACCUGGAAGUCAUUUUGGCACUCCCGCAUAUCGCGCAGUGUAGCCAAGUCCUCCCCGCUAAGGGGCCGCGACGGCAAUACUCCUCCUCCUUCCGGCGUGAAGCGGAUCUGCGUAGAACAGCAAGGUCAGCCGCAUGUGCAUCUUGUGACGCCGAACUUGCUCACCGCAGGCAGCUACACCUUGGAAGAGCCGAGAAACUUAACCCCAGAGCCGGGUAUUCGUACCAACACGGACAGCAGCCCGCAAACUUCGAACGGUUCUUCUCUCUCCCCCGAUAAUACACCUUCUAGGGAACCUCGGCGUUCGAUUUCCAUGCAUUUCAGCCCACCUCCCACCUGGAUCUCCAAAACUGGGAGCCUUCGGCGCCGUAAGCGCGGCGAGACCAUAGCCGGAACUCAGCGGCACGUAUCUGCACCGACCCCGACGACUGCAGAGCCGAUGGAGGCUGGUUGUCAAGCCAGCUAUCAGAAAACUUCGAGCGGUACGGAGGAGACUGGGCGCGUCGGGUCAGAGCUCAUUACUGGUCUCCGUCCCCCAAACGGCCGACGGAAUUCUUUAUCGCCUCUGCCGCCAAUUUCCCGACUUUCCAGUUUUCAAAUCGACUUGAGCAAGCUAGGCUCAUCGUCUACCGCCGCCCAAGGCAAACCCGAAGAGUCCAUGGGACCUAUAGCUAAUUCGAAUACGUCACACACACGGACGUUCGAGCGAGUCCCUACAGGUGCUAGCUCCGAGUAUCACCGUGGGUUCACUUCUUGUGAUGACGACGAUACUGACUUCAAGACGGAUACCCCAUUUGAUUCGCUACGAACAGCGGCGUCGGGACGCAGAAGGACUCUCGAUAGCCCCCUGGGAUCGAUGUUUGAUGAGUCACCACCAAGCACAGCUGGCAACAAUAACAAGCCAAAGCGACUGUCGAUCCAAGAGAUCCUAGGUCCGUCCUUCGACCUGGGGAACAGAAUCAUGGAGGAAGACGAAAGCGUCGCCACCCCUGUCCGUAGGGCGUACAAGGACGCCGAAGCGCGAUUCCAUAGCACGACCGUGCAGGGCAGGGAGUUCAGUUACAGCUCAGCUUCUCCCAAUUUCGCCUCGCAAGAAGAUAGCAGCCGGCUUUCUCUAGAUGACGACGACGACGAUCUCGACUGGGAUAAGGAGGAUGACAGCGGAAUUUAUAACCAUCUUUCUCCGCCGGGCUCGAUGAACUCACGUAAGGGCAGUCCAAAUCUCCGAACGGCGUUGGGUCAUAUCAAUGGCAAUGGAAGACGCAACGCCCGCUUUGACACGGCUAGCGAGCGGCCUCGAAGUACGGUCUUUGACUGGACAGAAGCCGUCGCUCACGAGAAGAUGGAUGGGGAUGGCGGCUACCCGAGACCGAAAACGGUUCACGGGAAGCACGAGACCGAUAUGAGGGGCGGACGUACCGCGAGUCGGAAGGGUCCUAUACCCGUCCACGUGAGAAGCCAAAGCGUCCCUGUCGUCCCGGAUCAGCCCGAUACCGCCAAGUCGGUCCCUAAAUUUGGAACCUGGGGGCUGGGCCAGAAGAACGCGAGCGAGGAUUGGGAUGAUGAUUUUGAGUUCGAGGAAGAGGGAGACGAUCUCGGGCACGUUGCCGAGGGAAAGGAUAGCCAGUUUUCGAUGAUCGUCCCUGCGUCUAUUCAAGCUACUCAGCCUACGGUUAAGGCUCACUCCGGACAGAUCCGGGAGCUCUCUCUCCUAGUCAACGACCUGAAGCGACUAUGUCGGCUGGGUCGCGAAAUGGACAUGCUUGGCGGAUCCUCUGCCGGGCUCUGGCAGGAAGCCGAGGGUAUUAUCACCCUUGCCUCACCCGACGAAGACCCGGCAGACGCAACUGGCUCUCAAGAUACCCCCGACCCUUUAGACGCCGGCGAAGAUUCUAUCGAUCCUCGCUUCGUUGACCACGGAUUCGACGGAAGUUCCCUCGACGAUUACGGACCGUCCAGAGUGACCUUGGACCAACGUACCACCGUGGCCCGUGAACGUCCCCAAGGUCGACGCCGCUCCGUCUUCUCUCCGGAGGAUGAUAUUUUUGGGGCCUGGGACGAGGCCGUCAACGAACUGGCGCCUGACCCACCUCAUACUCCGGAGAAGCAGAUCUUCGGCCCCGAGUCGAAAUCGGUCAACGGUGCGAAAUCCGUCAUGGAAGCUAUGCAAUCACGGCAACCCAGACCGGGCAUAGACCGUGAACGCAGUCACCCCUCCGCUGGAAAGGUCAACUUCGAUACGAAUAGCCUCAAAGAGCUAGUGAAGCGAGCGGGCGAUCUACGAGACGGCCUAUCCGACCUCAUCCGGAAAGUGGACCCGGUCACGCAAAGCCCGGCACGGACGCCGAGAAACACGAGACCUGACGGGAGUCCUGCUUUCACGAAGGUCUUCGACGAGCCGCCGUCCAGUCCUACGAAACGAAUGCCCCAUAGCCACAGCAGCAGCUCUGUGCUGAGCAGCGGCUCCGUUGGCACAUCGCCGUCCAACGGGCUCAGCCAGCGCAUGCAGAUGAUGACGGUCAGCUGAAAAGAUUGGCGACUACGGGAUGCACUACCGAUGAACCCCCCUGCCCGUCCCUCUCCUCUACGGAGAGCCGCAUAUAGGUAAAGGCGACAUAUUUGAUUUGCAUAGCGUAGGGUCGGCUCGCUUUUUGCUUUCUUCGGUCGCUCUAAUUUGCAUACACGGAGGAACCUUGGGCUUUUGUCCAACUGCAUGGAGGGAAGCGUCGUAUCGGCAGACUUAAUUCAAUAUUGCUCUACUCG